ACUGAGAACCCUGCAGUUCUGGGGAGCGUCUUGUGUACAAACCCGGAGCGGACAGAACUGAAUUGCAGCUCUGGGUUGCUGACAAGUUGGGCCCUCUGCAGUGAGCGCGGGGCAGGAAGGGGAGGGCCCAACCGGGCGAGGGGGAGCUGAGCGCCGACACAGGGCUGGGUCGGAAAAGCUGCCUCACUGCGCUGUCCCGCUCCUCCGGCCCCGAGCUCUGGCUGGGGCCUCCUGUACAAUUCUGCUGCGCUUUCUCGGAGGCUGCUCCCGCAGCAGCUUCACCAAAAAAUGUCUCACCCCGGCUCCAAGCCUGCCGCCUCUCCCAGGCCCCGGCGCGGCGGGGCAGCUCGCCACACCCAGGAGCAUGUUAGUGAAAAGAAUAUUGGAUCAUCUUCUAAACCAAGAGAAAUGAAAGGAUCUGAGGAGAAAAAAGCAGCAAGUUUGGGGAGCAGUCAGCCUUCCAGACCACAUGUUGGAGCAGCCACAGACACAGACACAGCCAGCAAGGUGACAGCUUCCUCUGCUGCCACUGGCAAGUCUUCCAGUAUGAGUACCACAGAAGCUAAGGCAAUUCCAGUCAAUAAACAGGUGGAAGGACCCGACAAGAAAAGGCAUAGAGAACAGGCUGUGAAAACAGAGUCUGAGAAGUCACAAUCAAGUGAGAAAGGAACAAAGGAGGAAAUGUCAAGCAGAGGAGAUGGCGUGCCACUUGUGGAUCACGAGAAAAAGUCAAAAGGAAGGCCAAAAGAAGGGUCAGAGGCCAAACAUCUUCCCAAGCAUACAUCAGAUACAGGAAGUAAGCAUGCUCAUAAAGAAAAGGCACUUUCCAGAUCAAAGGAACAGAUGGUGUCAGAGAAAUCAUCAGAAUCAAAGACAAAAUUUCAAGAUGUUCCUUCUGCUGGUGGAAAGAGUGUGGCUGGAAGUGUGACUGUGGCCACUGCCUCGGACAAGGUGGUUGGUAAGAAAAAAGAGAAUAAAUCAUUAACACCAGCUUUACCUAUGGAGUCCACACCGAGCAAGCCAUCUGAUAAGUCAGGCAUGGAUGCUGCCUUGGAUGACCUGAUAGACACCUUGGGUGAACAGGAAGAUACUAACAAAGAUGAUCCACCAUAUACUGGACCAGUAGUUUUGGACCCAAUGGAUUCUGCCUUCAUUGAGGCAUUGGGUAUAAAAGAAGGAACUAUUCCUCCAGAGUAUAGGAAACUUCUGGAUAAAAAAGAAGAGAUCACAGGACCUCUGCCAGACUCUCCUAAACCUCUGGGGACUGACCAUGCUAUAGAUGCCUUGUCAUCUGAUUUCACCUGUAGUUCUCCAACUGGAAAGCAAACUGAAAAAGAGAAGUCUACUGGGGAAAUUUUCAAAGCUCAGUCUGCAGGAGUGACCAGAAGUGCUGUUCCCCCACAGGAGAAGAAGAGGAAGGUGGAAGAGAAGGUCAUGAAUGAUCAAGCCCUCCAGGCUCUGUCUGAUUCACUGGGCACCCGGCAGCCAGAUCCUCAGAGCCACCUUAGCCAAGCCGAGCAAGUCAAAGAGGCAAAAGCAAAAGAAGAAAGGCAGGAGAAGUGUGGUGAAGAUGAGGACACAAUCCCGGCUGAGUACAGGUUAAAACCAGCCAAGGAUAAAGAUGGAAAACCACUAUUGCCAGAGCCUGAAGAAAUGUCUAAGUGUCUGAGUGAGUCAGAGCUGAUUGGGGAGCUUUCAGCAGAUUUUGGCCGAUCCACAUAUCAAGACAAACCAUCUAUGGCAACUGAAAAAAUAGAAAAAUCUAAGGACACAUCCCAAACUCCUGUGGGGGAGACUGUGCCUCGGGCCUCCAUGUGCAGUAUACAGUCAGCACCACCCAAGCCAGCAGCAUCCUUGAAGGGCUCGGUGCCAGAUGAUGCUGUAGAAGCCUUGGCUGGAAGCCUGGGGACAAGAGAAGCAGAUCCAGAAUAUGAAAAGUCUGUGGUGGAUAAAGUCAAGGAGAAAGCUCAAGAAGACGACCAUGAAAAACUUGGUGAAAAAGAAGAAACAAUUCCUCCUGAUUAUCGACUAGAAGAAGUCAAGGAUAAGGAUGGGAAACCACUCCUGCCAAAAGAACCCCAGGAACAACUUGCACCCUUAAGUGAUGACUUCCUUCUUGACGCAUUAUCUCAGGACUUCUCCAGUCCUGCAAACAUGUCUCUUGAAUAUGAAGAUGCCAAACUUUCUGCUGCCAUUUCUGAAAUAGUUUCCCAGACACCUGCUCCAACCACCCACGCAGCAGCCCCACCACCUGGCACCCAGCAGAGAGACAAAGAACUUGAUGACGCCUUGGAUGAACUUUCUGACAGUCUUGGGCAAAGACAGCCUGAUCCAGAUGAGAACAAACCACUAGAUGAUAAAGUGAAGGAAAAAGUCAAAGCAGAGCAUAGUGAGAAACUGGGAGAAAGAGACGACACCAUCCCCCCUGAAUAUAGGCAUCUCCUGGAUAAUGAUGGGAAGGACAAACCAGAGAAGCCACCGACAAAGAAAACAGAGAAGCCUGAUCAGAACCAGGACCCCAUUGAUGCCCUCUCAGAGGAUUUGGACAGCUGCCCCUCAACUACAGAGACUUCACAGAAUACAGAAAAGGAGAAGAACAAGAAGACUUCAAGUUCCAAAGCAUCCAAGAAUGGAGAGAAAACAAAGGACUCCUCCAAGGUGAACAUGGUCAUAAACAUAUCAGUAUUAGAUUAACAAUUGGGUAUCUGAAUAGAAAUUCUUCAGCUGGUGGAUGGUGACUUUUGAAGAACAAAAGCUUUAAUGACAAUUUUUUUCUGGGUGGCUUCUAGACAGUGGUAUUUGUUAUGUCUUUUGACAUCUUAAACACUGAGUUGUUAUUCUUUUCCAGAACAAAAAUGAAUUUGUCUGGUUUACCUGUGUUCUGUAUUGAGUAUUGAUAAACUUCAAAGAUUUUUAAUUGCCUUUAGGUGGGAUAAGGAAGCUUUAUAUUUGUAAGAAAUAUAUUUGAUAGUUUCUUAAAACACCAAAAAUCCCAGAAAACCUUUGCAAACAUUUGCACAUUGUAUACACAGUGCCUGUAAAUCUCAUUAGUAUUUUUGGUUUGCACUUAAUUUUUUUAGCAUUUGAAAAAUAAUGCUCAUCUUUUGUCAGUAUUCUGAUUUCUUAUUACGUCUUUUUCUUGGGAUUUGCUGUAUCUUUGGGUUAAUAUUGAUAAGUCAAAUAUGAAAUAUUAUACAUUGGGUGUAUAACUCCUUUGGAGAUGCUAAUAAUAAAUUAAUGGUAGAUAACCCAGGUAAACCUUGGGAGCAUCAAUCUCCUUUUCUGCCUGAACUCUACUUUUCUAGGAAUGAGGCCUUCUACUCAUGGUCAGAGAAGACACAUUGAGACUUGAACUAAGCUAGCAGAAAAACAGCAUAGACUGGGGUUCAACUGUACAACAACUUUUGGCAAUAAAGUUGGGAUUCUUAGAAUACUCACAUGGCUUGAACUAUCCUGGUUUACCAUGGCAUUAAACUGUAGUUUCUACUCUCUACAUGAAUACCAGAUUGUAAUCCUUCGCUUAUAGCCAUUUGACACAUUGUCUAAAGCAUCUGGCAUUAUAGAAGUCAAAUUUACCAAACACAAAAAUGAACUUCUUUAAAUUUGUGUGUGUAUGUAUGUGUGUGUAUACAUACAUACAUACAUACAUACAUACAUAAUGUAUACACUGAAAUUUAAAAUCUGCUUUAUCAAAGCAGGUUAAAUUAUCUUAACAUCUUUAAAUGCUAUCUCAGAUUUUUCUGAGCACUGCACUGGUAUAACUGAUGGAAAAUUGAUAAAUAAUUAAUUCUGUUUCCUGGCAGUGAAUGCUGAAAAAGAUGUCAGGUACAUAUAAAACAGACUUUAACUCUCUUGUUUCCAGAAAUCACAGCCUUUGUUGCCAUCAGUAUAAAGAUUUUACUAGGAUUUAAUUAACUUUGCUCUAUAUAACUUACAUCAUGAGUAAUUCCCAGGGGACAGGUAAGACCAAGCAAAACUAAUAAUAUCCAUAAUGAACAUGAUAUUUGGUUAACUGUCUCAAAAAUUAUUCUCUACAAAUCAUGCAUGCACCUCUUAGAUUUCAAAUGCUACCCACAAAAGUAUUUAAUCCCCGGGCCCAUAAAAAGACAGUCACUAUUCUGUUCUCAAGGCACUGGCAAGAAAAGAAUGUACCCUCUAUCUUAGAUAGGGUACACUGCGGUAAACAAGCACCAUGUCUAAGGCACCUCUUAAAAGGACAACAUUUAAUUGAGGCUAGCCUGCAGGUUCGGAGGUUCAGUCCAUUAUCAUCAAGGCGGCAACAUGGCAGUGUCCAGGAAUGCAUGGUGUAGGAGAAGCUGAGAGUUCUAAAUCUGGUUCCUACGGCAACAGAAGACUGGCGCAGGGAGCUAGGAUGAGUGUCUUAAAUCCUAUGCCCCAAAUAACAUAGUUUUUCUAACAAGGCCAUCCUAUUCCAACAAAGUCACUGAAUUCGCCAACCAUAUUCAAACCAUCACACUCCCUGAUUUUGAACUCAUUAUUAUCUAAUCCUUGUAUCUUGCCAGUGUAUGUGUCUGUUUGCUUUUUUUUGUUUGUUUGUUUGUUUGUUUCUAACUGUGCUGAAACCUUUGACAUUGGCUUGGCUACGGCUCUAAUAUACAAACUUCCAUGCACACAUAGGAAUAUAUUUAAAUGAUGUGACAACAUACAUAAAUUAAAGAGUGUCUAUAAAAUCAUACAUAUACUUAAGGUACCAAAAAUAUUUUUUAAUUAGGAAUAUUCUCAAGACUUUCGUGUUUGCUGGUAACUCACACUGACUUGCAUAAAGAUCUAAAGGAAUCCUUUUUAUUUGUUUUUACUGUUUACUUCUAAAAUACUAGUCAGGUGAAAACAACUGCAGAUAUUGCCUUAGAAGUAAAGAACAGGUGGUUUUUAUUACUAAAGGUUGCUGUAUAUGUAAUAUUUUAUCUGUUUAGAAAAUGGGCUUUUCCAAAAAUGAAGGUGACCAAAACAAAAAUCAGUAUUUAUGUUUCAUUAAUCAAUAUAAAAUGCAAUUAAAGGAAAAUAUUUUACAUGAAAA